UGGCAAAGCUACAGCUGAAAAGCUAUUUAAUGGGUUAUUAGAAUCACUUACAUCUCAUAAUAUUCCAAAAAGAAAUGUAAUUGGUUUUGGCAGUGAUGGAUGCAAUACAAUGAUGGUGAGGCUUGUCGUCAUCUUCCUCGCAGUUGUGAAGAUAUGGCAAGGAAUAUUUUUAAUUUUUUGAAGAGUAGUUCGAAACGGCAUUGUGAGCUUGAACAGUUUCAAACGUUUCUAAAUUUAGAUCCUCACCGUAUGCUACAUCCGUCCCAAACUAGGUGGCUAUCACUUACUGCAGUUGUUAAUAGAAUACUAGAGCAAUGGGAAGCACUAAAAUUAUAUUUCACGGAUACAUACUUGUCACAGAGAUUAGUCUCCAGUGAACAUAUUUAUAAUGCUUUGAAUGACCCUUUCAUGAAAUUGUAUUACCAGUUCCUUGAAUGGGCUCUACCAAAAUUCACAAGGUUUAAUCAAUAUUUCCAGACCCAAGGAGUGGUCAUAACAGAUUUACAUGAAAUGAUUGUCGUGUUGUACAAAGAUAUCCUCUUGUGUUUCUUAAAGAGAAAUUAUGUCAUGCAGACUAAUUUAGUGAAUAUAAAUCCUAUGAAUGGCCAGUAUCAAUUGGUCGAUAAUGAGCUCUAUUUAGGAUCAAAAGUGAUGCUUAAUAAAGAUAAUGAUAACAUCAUAUGCAACAAUAUUCGGCGAAAAGAAUUUUUUGAAAAAUGUCGACAGUUUUUACAAACUGCGUCAUUAGAAUUAAAAAAGAGGUACAACAUGGAAGAUCCAAUUUUAAUGCAACUAUCUGCUUUAAAACAAAAAAAUGCAUUGUCAUUAGAGUUUAGGCAAAAUACACCUUCUCUUAUUAAUCUAAUGAAAUUUUUGCCUUGCAUUGUUGAUAUUAAUGACUCAAAAGUUCAACAAAUUGAUGAUCAGUGGCGUAAACUACCUAUAUCUGCAACAUUAAUUCCUGAAGACAUUGAAUUUGAAGUUCAAAUAGAUAUAUUUUGGUGGAAGAUAAUGAAUCACAGUAGUGAAUUUACAGAGUUGUGUGAUUUUGUUUUGGCUGUACUUAGCUUGCCACAUGCAAAUGCUGAUUGUGAGAGGAUAUUUUCUUCAAUAAAUGGUCUUAAGACAAAAAUUAGGUCCAAGUUAAUUACACAUACAGUAAGUGGAGUCUUACAUACAAAACAGUGUAUUACAAGUGGUCGUGAGAGUAAUCAGAAUUGCACCAACUUCGAACCAACUUCCGAUAUGUUGAGCCGAAUGACUUCUAAGUCAUUGUACAUAAAAACAAAUGAAGAAAAAGAAACAGAAACCAGCGACGAUACUACACAAGAAACAAUAGAAUUAGUUAUUUGUUAAUAAAUCAUUACGAGUAAAAUAUAUUACAAAGUGUAUUUUCUACUACCAAAUAAGGAAAGAAAAUGUUUUUCUGUGUUUAUUGUAUGUUAAAUUCUAUAUACUUAUCUAUGGUUAAAUGUAAAUUAUAAAUGAAGGUAAACAACAUGAAUAAAGUAUUGAUGUGAUAAUAA